CAGAUCAUGUUUUGCACUUUGAACACUCACAAAGCUGAUAUGGACAAGCUCUUAGGUGCACAAAUUGGCCUUGAAGAUUUCAUAUUUGCCCACGUAAAAGGACAACGAAAAGAAGUGGAAGUUCUUAAAACUGAUGAUGUGCUUGGGCUUACCAUUACAGACAAUGGAACUGGAUGUGCAUUUAUUAAGCGAAUCAAAGAAGGUAGCCUUAUGGACCAAACCAAAAUGAUCUGUGUGGGUGAUCACAUUGAGACUAUAAAUGGAAAACAUGUGUCAGAUUGUCGGCAUUAUGAAGUUGCCAGGAUGCUAAAAGAUCUGGAGAAAGGUCGAGUGUUUAAGCUGGAGUUGAUAGAGCCUAGGAAAUCAUUUGAAAAGCUGGAACCAAGGUCCAAAGGUGGAACUCUGCCAGAGGCUAAAAUCUCCAGAGGACGAGAAACGCUUCGGCUGAGAACCAAAGGCCCUGCUACUGUGGAGGAAAUGCCAACUGAAGUUGAAGAAAAAGCAAUUAAAAAAGUGGAUGAGCUUCUUGAAACAUACAUGGGGAUAAGAGAUAUUGAAUUAGCUGCAACAAUGGUGGAAGCUGGAAGAGACAAGAAAAACCCAGAUGAAUUUGCUGUGGCAUUGGAUGAAACUCUUGGAGACUUUGCAUUUCCAGAUGAGUUUGUGUUUGAUGUAUGGGGAGCAAUAGGUGAUGCUAAGCUAGGACGACUGUAAUGAGAGCUGUGAGGUUUAUAAUCUCCAUUUGAAAGUACAAAAUUAUGUUCAAACACAUAUAUCAGAAUUUUAAUACUUUCAUUGAUAAGAAUC